CAAAGGAUUUCGGUCAUACCGAAUUCCGAGGAGAAGUAUAUUUCGGUCACGAAACACGUGACCAAUAACUUCUCCAUACGGUUCGUCGAUACCUUCCGGUUCAUGGCCUCCUCCCUGUCCACCUUGGCCGGUAACCUAAUGACGCCCGACUUUGUUAAAUUCCGGGAGACGGCCAAGGUGUUCCGCCCGGAAGACAUGCCGUUGGUGACGCGUAAGGGCGUAUACCCCUACGAGUACACUGAUAGUUGGGCUAAAUUGGAAGAAACGGAACUACCACCUCAGGACGCUUUCUAUAGUCAGUUGAGUGAGUCUAAUAUUGAUGACGACGACUAUAGACAUGCCACGGAGGUGUGGAACCGUUUCGACUGCUCAACCCUCGGUGAGUACAGCGACCUAUAUCUUAAGAUCGACGUGUUGUUGUUGGCUGAUGUGUUUGAGAACUUCCGCGACAUCUGUAUUUCAACAUACAAUUUGGACCCGGCGCACUAUUACACCGCGCCUGGUUUUAGCUUCGAUUGUAUGUUGAAAUACACCAGGAUGAAGCUGGAGCUCUUGAACGACUACGACAUGCUACUGAUGGUGGAACAGGGCAUUCGUGGUGGGCUAGUGCAGGCCGUCAAGCACUAUGCAAAGGCCAACAAUUCUAAGACACCCGAUUACGAUCCGUCAAAACCAGAAUCAUGGAUCGUGUACCAAGACUGCAAUAACCUUUACGGGUGGGCUAUGAGUCAGCCCAUGCCGUACGGUGGCUUCCGGUGGUAUAAAGGAGCAGACCCUCUGGCUGACCUCCAAUCGUUGUCGGACACUGGUAAUACGGGGCGUAUAUAUGAAGUGGACGUAUCGUAUCCACAAGAGCUGCAUGACGAGCACAACGACUUGCCGUUCUUGCCUGUCAACGAUGUACCGCCGGGUUCCAAAGAGACCAAACUCAUGGCCACUUUGAAACCCAAACAGCGGUACGUCGUACAUUACGUUAAUCUUAAACAGGCGAUCGCACACGGACUGCAAGUCGAUAAAGUGCACCGCGUUUUAGAGUUUCAACAAAGUGCUUGGUUGAAACCAUACAUUGAGUUGAACACUGAAAUGCGGAAAAAGGCGGCAAAUGCUUUUGAAAUUGCAUUUUUCAAACUAAUGAACAAUGCCGUCUUUGGGAAAACAAUGGAGAACAUGCGGAAACGCAUCCGUAUUGAGCUAAUCUCCAGUCCCGAACGUCUAAGCAAGCUCGUAAACCAACCAACCUUCAACGACUGUAUCAAAUACGGUGAAAGGUUGUGCGCCGUCAUAAUGGACACAAAGAUGGUCAAGUUUAUCAAACCAAUAUACGUCGGUUUAGCAGUGCUUGACAUUAGCAAGACGCUAAUGUACAAGUACUUCUACGACGUAUUGAAACCACAUUAUGGCAGUGCAAUCGAAUUGGUUUACAUGGAUACUGACUCCUUCAUAUACCUGCUCAGAGUAGGCGACUUCUACCAGGAUUUAGCUGGUAGCCCCGAUUUACUGGUGCACGUGGACGCAUCUAGCCUGCCCAAGGAUCACCCUUGCUACUCCACCGAUAGAAAGAAGAUGCCCGGCUUGUUUUCAGACGAGACCAGUGGCCUCACUCUCUUUGAGAUCGCUGCACUUCGAUCAAAGUGCUACGCAUUUGACAUGGAAGGCAGCGAACUCAUAAAGUCUAAGGGGAUCCGAGGACACGUCGUCAGGAACCAUCUGUCUUUGGACGACUACAAACGGUGUUUGUUCAAAGACGAUGGUGACGAUGCGUCAAAACGAGAAUUGGUUGGAGAGAAUGCCCGUGCGGUCAUCGGAGUGAUACGUGGUGGUGAGUGUCCACCGAUAUUAUCGCUACCAUACACUCCGUACCGACAGAACGUGUCAAUCCGUUCUUUUGAGCACGAGGUACGGACUUUACGUACAACCAAGUUGGCGCUUAACCGUUUUGAUGAUAAGCGCUACACGCUCAACAACAGAAUCGACACGUUGGCCCACGGGCAUUAUGCUAUACCGCCACCGGAAGACCUAUAGUUUUUAAGUUCUUAUCAUUGUAAAAAAAAUAUCGUCAAGAAUUGAAAUUUUUUUUUUUUGUAAAUAUACAUGUAUAUAAGUAGUUUUAAAACAUUUUU